CUAUGUACAAAUUAUUUGUAUUUUCUUCACUAGAUAUAAAUAAAGAAAUCCACCUCAAAUGAUGAAGUAUUUCAGACUGUGUUAUGUUUUAUAACUAAUUGAGAAGCGUGCCUAUCCUUAAUUUAACAAAUAGAUGAGAAUAUUACUGCAGUAAUUUCAUUAGAAUCUGAUGACAAUAUCUUAUUCCAGGCAAUGCAUGGGAACAUUUUUAUCAUUGUCUCACCUCAAGAAAAGCAAAUUAGAUUCGGUGCUUUUAAUGGGUGUGUUAAAAGUUGUUCCACUUCACGGCAGCUCUGACAGUUAUCUGGAAACUGAUGGUGGGAGGAAAGGUGAUUACCACCCAAGAAAAAAAAAGGAGGUUCCCACUGUUGUGUUGCCCCUGGUUACGUAUAACACAUUGAACAGGCUACAGCACAGGCCAUUACCACAUAUAGUAACAUGCCCCUUAUAAAGGCCUUAUACACCUAUUAUAUACAUGCGUAUGUAUAUUUAUAAAUAUGUGUUAUAUGAAUGUUUGUUAGUGUAUACAUUUGUAAGGUGUAUAAACUGCAUGCAUGCAGAUAUGCAUAUGCACAUAAAAUCCGCUUUCCCUCCUUGGACCACGACAGGUGGCACCGGGGCCUCCACCUGUUCUUCCUUUUCCAGGCUCCUCAUGGCGGCAGCUCAGAACGGAUCAGUCAUUCAAGAAAUGGUAUGCCGAACUGCGUGGGGGGACGCGGCGGACCCCCGGUCACCGGAUCACCAGCAGCUGGUCGGCCGUGCUAUUUUUCACUCGGCAUAAAGUGAUGGGCAGUCAGCGUCCCCGGCACGGGCCGGGCUCAGUCCUCACUCACCCCCGGAGCACCAUGAAGUCCGCAGAGACAGACAACAAGGGCGGACCGCCGCCGCUGCCACCGCCUCCGCCGGACGCCUACCACUCCGAUUUGGACGAGCUGGACAGCGGGAGCGAGAGCUCCGACAAGUCGACAGGCGGGGGCAGCGGGGGCCGGGGGGGCUGCCACGGGAGUCCCCUGGGAGGUCGAGACGGCGGAGGAGGAGGGGGAGGAGGCGGAGGAUUAGGAGGUGGGGAGGCCGGGGGCAGGAGGGGCAGCCGAAGGCUUCCGGGGGUUAGCAAGCAGCGGCAGGCGGCCAACGCGCGGGAGCGGGACCGGACGCACAGCGUCAACACGGCUUUCAGCGAGCUGCGGACACUCAUCCCCACCGAGCCGGCCGACCGCAAGCUGUCCAAGAUCGAGACCCUGCGUCUGGCCUCCAGCUACAUCUCGCACCUGGCCAACGUGCUGCUCCUGGGGGAGGACUGCCUGGACGGACAGCCGUGCAUGAGGUACCAGAGCAUCCUGCAGACCGGCCCUAGCAACAGCCCCAGCCUCAGGCCCAUUUGCACUUUCUGCCUCAGCAACCAGAGGAAGAUGCUGAGAGAUGGAGAAAAGCACUCAAAUGUCUGAACAUGGGCCUGGAUGUGCGGACGCGUACCUAACCACCCAUUGAUGUUUACAUGUAAAGAUAUUAUUCUUGUAAAAAAAAGAAGUGACAUUUAAAUUUGAAAGAAAAAACAAUGUGUAUAUUUUUGUAAUGAUCUCAAGACUCGAAAGAUGGCAGCAGCAACAGAAGAGCAACAACAAAAAAAAAAACACUGAAAUGCACUUUCUGUUUACAUUAUAAUGUGUGUCUUAUGUGCAGUGUUUUGGUUAAGCGUUAGCCUUAACCUUACCCCGAGCCCAAGCCCUAUGCAUAAAGUUGCACCUGGCGAGGAGGUUAUUUCUGUUGCAGAAAUAGUAAGCCUUAGUGCCCACUUCUAAAAAAAAACAGCCUCACCCCUCUCUCUCUUUCUCUACCUCUCUCUCUCUCUCCCUCUCCCUCUCACUCUCUCACUUGUCCUGCAUCCUAGCCCUGGUUAAAGUCACAUGAUUGAAAUCCAAACCAGGACGCUGCAGCAGUUGCUGUCAGUACAGUUGUGGCCCUCUGCCUUAACCCUUGCCUGAGAGGGAGCGAGAGAGACAGAGGGAGAGAGAGGGAGAGAGAGAGGGAGGGAGAGACAGAGACAGAGGGAG